AUGGAAACAAUUUUUCAUUCUCGUGUUGAUAGAGAGAUUGAAACGCUUACUGAAAGAUUACAUCCUCCCAGGGUUUGUAUAGACAAUAAUUCUUGCAAAGACUGUACUGUUCUAAAGGUUGAUAGUGCAAACAAGUAUGGGAUAUUGUUGGAGAUGGUACAGGUGUUGACAGAUCUUGGCCUCAUCAUUUCCAAGUCAUACAUUUCUUCUGAUGGUGGAUGGUUUAUGGAUGUGUUCCACGUCACUGAUCAAGCUGGCAAUAAGGUCACUGACAAUAACCUCAUGCAAAAAAUUGAGAAGGAACUAUGUGACACAAAAGCAAAAGAGGACAUAGAUGAUGAAACAGAACUCGAAAGCCGCGAGGAAUUAGAGUCAUAUUACACAAAACUAAACGUGUCGACCGAGAACACAGCAUUGGAGAUGAGUGGGAUGGAUAGACCGGGUCUGUUAUCUGAAAUAUCAGCAGUGUUAGUGAAAAUGGGCUGUAAUGUCACCUCAGCAACAGCAUGGACUCACAAUCGAAGGGCAGCCUGCAUAAUUUACGUAGAAGAAGAAUCCAAACCUGGUCCGAUCAAGGACCCUAAGAGGUUGGCCCAUGUGAAGGAAGAGCUGGAGACUGUUGUGCAGGCCCGUGGUGUGAAUGGAGACAGAAACAAUGUGAGGUUGAGAAACUUUGCCACCGGGCGCACACACACCGAACGGAGGCUUCACCAGCUAAUGUACGCGGACAGGGAUUACGAGGGUUGUCGCCCUUGCCAUGGAUAUAGUAGUGGAGAGCAUAAAAGGGGGUGUGAUGGGACUCAUGUGUCCAUUAGUAGAUGCGAGGACAGAGGGUAUUGGGUGGUGAAUGUGAUUUGUAAGGAUCGUCCUAAAUUGUUGUUCGAUACAGUAUGUGUUCUAAGAGACAUGCAUUAUGUAGUGUUUCACGCCGCCAUUAGUUCCAAGAAAUCCAUAGCCAAUCAGGAGUACUUUAUAAGGCACAAGAUGAAUAGUUUAGCUCUUCGAACACAAAGCGAGAGGGAAAAGCUCGUCUUAUGCAUUAUAGCUGCAAUAGAGCGUAGAGUCUCGCACGGUUUAAGGGUUGACAUUUGCACUCAAAACAGAAUGGGUUUACUAUCGAAAGUAACCCGCGUGAUUCAGAAAAAUGGAUUAUCAAUACCAAGAGUUGAGAUUGGAACACGAGGAGAGAAUGUAGUGGGAACAUUCUAUGUCACAGAUCCUUUAAAGCAUGAAGUGAAUCCAAAAAUAGUAGAAUUGUUGAGAAAAGAGUGUGGUGGAUCCGUCGACAUAGUUAUUGAUCACAAGUGUCCCUGUGGUCUUUCUCGAUCAUGGUCGUCCCCGCCAAUAACAAGUGAAAACAACGGUAGUAUAGAGGAUAAGCGAAAAACUUCAAUUGGAAGCAUGUUAUGGUCUCAUAUAGGGAAAUUUUCAAGCAAUUUCAGCCCUAUUAAGUACUGA